AUGAUAAAUAUUAUAAGACAACAGAGUGGCAAUUAUGCUUCGUCAUUUGGCGCUGUUAUUUCAUCUUUGAUAACAUUUAUAGGUUGGCAAAAUUCUCGUGGCAACUUGAUUCCAUUAAUGGAUUAUAAUCAAGAAGAUUUAACGGGUGGUAAUCUUAAAUACACGAAUAAAUCAUCGAUUAAAUAUAUAUUUCGUUUUACUGCUCUUUUAAGUUUUAUUUCAACAUGUAUGAAUACACCAAAAACAUUUGAAUUUUAUCCAUUUUUACAAUAUACAACAUUUAUCAUUGACGUAAUUUGUGCAAUUAUAUUAACCAUUGAAGCAACUUUGAUAAUGAAAACUCGAGGAAUACUUGUUAAUGAUUCAUCUUAUUUACGUAAUCGAUGGAAACAAUUCGACGCAAUAAUGGUUUUAUGCAUUUAUUUUUCUAUAAUCUUACAAAUGUUCGAAUUCAUUGGUAUUAUAAAAGAAUAUUCAUACUGGACGAUAAUUCGUUCACCACGUCCAUUUAUUCUUAUAAAUGUUCUUAAAACAUUUCUUAGAUUUAAACUACCUAAAAAUCAGAUUAGAUCUAUUGUUCAACGUUCAAGUUCACAAAUUUAUAAUGUAACUGUAUUUUUUCUAUUCUUCAUGAGUUUAUAUGCCAUAUUAGGUGUACAAUUUUUUGGAUCACUUACAUUCCAUUGUGUUAGAAUUGGUACCGAUUUAAAUAAUGUGACAAAGUCAGAUUUAAUGAUACCUGAUACAUAUUGUUCGCCAACAACAGAUGGUUUUCAUUGUCCUGAAUAUUUUAUUUGUCAAAAACUUGAAAUUCCACGAAAUUUACGUGGUUAUAAUGGUUUUGAUGAAUUAGCGACAAGUUUUUUUUCGGUUUAUGAAUCAGCUAGUCAAGAAGGUUGGGUAUUUCUUAUGUAUCAAGCUAUUGAUAGUCUUCCAUCAUGGCGUGCAUUUUUUUAUUUUAUUACAUUAAUUUUUUUUCUUGUAUGGCUUGUCAAAAUUUAA